AUGUCGGUAAGAUUCUACACAUCAAUAGAACGAACCACUUCAAAAAUGAAUGCUAAAGGUGUUAAUUUGGACAAGAAGUAUAUUCAACUGACUGUCGGACGUCAACUCGCCCAAGGAUCGUAUUCCUCCACUUUCCUGGCGACUUCAAAUGCCGAUCGAAUUAAUAAUUACUCCAAAGUCGCGAAAGUCGCAAUUAAUAAGACGCCCAACUUCAAAUACGGGAUGGAAUUAAAAAUCCUUGGUGCACUCCAAGGAAACAAGUACUUUCCGGAUUUAGUGAAUAAUGAAGAAACUUCGAAAUAUACCUACAUAGUGACCAACUAUGCUGGUGACAAUUUGCAAACUGUGGCUGAGAGAAAUGCCGAUGGCCUACUUUCCAACAGGAACGGGGUGCGACUGGCUCAUCAGCUGCAUAACGCAGUCGAUCAUGUCCAUAUGAUUGGAUUUUUGCAUCGAGACAUCCAGUCAUCGAAUGUUCUGAUUCAGCUCAAAAAUGGGAAAGUGGGAAUGAAACUCUGUGAUUUCGGUGAUUCUACUGAGAUCAAAGAACCAUCCAGACGCUCCAGUCUCUUCACAUUCAAGUUUCGUCCAAUCUUCGCUCCGUAUCACGAGUCGGAAGAUCACCUUCACGUCGUGAUCCUUCUGUUGAAACUGUUGACAAAAAUCCCUGAAGUUUCGCGUCGGAAGUCCCUCUUCUCAUCAUCUCAUGUCACCAAGUUCAAACUUCCAGUUAUGGAUGAUCAGCAUGACUGGAUUAAACUGAACUGGGUUCGUCUCACCGCUUGCUACUCCCAGACUUCGACCGACUUUUCAUUUAUUCCCGUGUUCUUGGACAAUGCGAUCGUCGGAUUCAACAAAGAGUCGGAUUUGGAGUAUACAGUUGUGGACGGGCAGCUCAAAUUGAAUUAA